CCGCGCUUUACCAUCGUCUAUUACUACUAACAAGCUACCUUUUAUUUUCUUUUCUUUUGUUUUAUUAUAAUAUAAAAUAAGAUUAACAUCAUGUCAUUUCAGGCAACCGCAUUCGCAUUUCUGUUUCCAGGAAAUGCAAUGACAAAUUCUAUCUUAGCUACAGCUUAUAUUUCUAUCUUUCCAAAUCUUCUUCUUUAUUUUGUUCCUCCUGAUAUUAAUACAGGUGCUUUAAACGUGUUAGUUAGUUUUGCUGUUGGUGGACUUUUGGGUGACGUCUUUCUUCAUUUACUUCCUCAUGCUUUCUUGGGUGAAAAGACAGAAGAACAUUCAUUCGUCGAGAUUGAUAAUCAAAAGAAUGUACUUAUAGGUACAGGUAUUUUUAUUGGUUUAUUUUUCUUUUUCUUUAUGGAUAAGAUGAUGCGUAUUGUGAAUGGAGGUAGUGGUCAUGAUCACGGUAGUCAUCAACAUCAUCAUCAUCACGAAGAACCUACUUCAUCAGCUAUGACUUCAGCUCUCGAAAAGGAAGAUAAUAGUGCUAUUCGUCAACGUAAACAGGUUGUUGAACAAGUGAAAAAGGAGCUUGAUAAGGAUGAAAAACAUAAAGAGGGAAUUAAAUUAAGUGCCUAUCUUAAUUUACUUGCUGAUUUCACACAUAACAUGACAGAUGGUCUCGCCAUGGCUGCUUCCUUUUAUGCUUCUCCUGCUGUAGGCGCUACAACCGCAGUAGCUGUUUUCUUUCAUGAAAUUCCUCAUGAAGUAGGUGAUUAUGCUAUUUUAGUUCAAUCUGGCUUUAGCAAGCAAAAAGCUAUGAUGGCUCAAUUCACAACUGCUGUAGGUGCCUUCUUAGGUACCAUCAUUGGUAUCAUAAUUGAAGAAAGAUCUCUUGCAAAUAGAGCAGCUGACAUAAAGUCAAAUAUGACUAAUGUAGUAGGCUUAUUUGGUACUGAUCUUCGUUGGGGAGAUCUUGUUAUUCCAUUUGCUGCAGGUGGUUUCCUUUAUAUUGCAACUGUAGGUGUUAUUCCUGAAUUAUUAGAAGUUACAGGCAAUAUAAAGAAGGAUAAAAAGCAAGCCUUUACAGAGUUUAUUGCUAUGUUUGUUGGUUUAAGUUUAAUGUUCUUUAUUGCUUGGAAUGAUAUCCCUGCCUAAAUAAAAAUAAAAAAAAUAAA